AUGACAAACCUGGACAAAGACCCUCGCCCAUUCCUGAACCUGCUGGAUCAGGGAGAUCCACAGGGCCUGUGGAAAGGUGUGACCAUGGAGCUCUGUUCUCAAGAGCAGUACUGGGACCCCCUGCUGAAUGUCUGCCUCUCCUGCAAAUCCAGCUGCAACUAUCAGAUUCCACGUACCUGUGCAACCUUCUGCAAGGCCCUCAGCUGCCACAAGGAGCAGGGCCAGUACUACGACCAGCUCCUGCGAGACUGCAUCAGUUGUGCCUCUAUCUGCGGACAUCACCCCACACAGUGCAAGCAUUUCUGCGAGAACAAAGUGAGGGACCCAGUGCACCUGCCGCCAGAGCUCAGGAGCCAGCAGACAGGGGAGGCUGGGACCAGGCCGGACAACGUGGGACAGUACCAAGGACCAGAGCACAGAGGCCCCGAGGCAGCACUAGCCACCCCAGGGCUGAAGCUGAGCGCUGACCAGCUGGCCCUGGUCUACAGCACCCUGGGGCUCUGCCUCUGUGCCAUCAUCUGCUGCUUCCUCCUGGCCGUGGCCUGCUUUCUCAAGAGGAGGGGGGACCAGUUCUCCUGCCAGCCCUCUCCAGGGCCUUGUCAGACCGGAGCCAAGUCCCCCAAGGAUCACUGGAUGGAGGCGGCGAGCGUCGCGCGCGGGCCGCCGGAGCCGGUGGAGACGUGCAGCUUCUGCUUCCCCGAGCGCAGGGCGCCCACCCAGGAGAGCGCGGGCGCGCCUGGUUAUGGAGACUGUAAUUGGCAUAUAGUGUCCUGUAACACCAAUAUCUGA